ACAUUCUCUACGCGUGUUCAUAACAGGCAGUUGCGGAAUGAAUCGACUUUAAAUACUUCGAUAUCUGAUAUUUACGUAUAGCUUAUUACUCAAAACUAGUCUUGAAAAUAUAUUGCCGAUUGCAGUGUGUACUACACAUCACAAAGACUUUAUAUUGUACACGGUAUAUCUUAAUGGUGUAUUCAUUUAUUAUCAACAAAUUUAAUACACAUGGAUUGGUUAAAGCAGUGGAUUUUUGGGAGGCCUGCAGAUAAAACCAAUGCUGUCGGAAACCAAUGCCUGAUUGUGGCCGCCUUCGACUUCGGGACCACGUACAGUGGAUAUGCGUUCUCUUUCAAAGACUCUCCAAAUGACGUCAAAACUAACAAGGGUUGGACUGCCGGAUCUGGUCAACUUAUCUCACUUAAAACAUCGACAAGUGUUCUUCUCAAGCAGAAUAGUGAGUUCGAUUCAUUUGGAUUUGAUGCCGAGGACAAGUAUUCGUCAUUGGCAGGAGCAGGAAAACAUCAUGGUUGGAGAUUGUUUAGAAGAUUUAAGAUGGUACUACACAAUCAGCGUAUUUCGCGUUCAGCAACAGUUGAAGAUUUGGAAGGUAAAACUUUCCCAGCCAAACAGAUAUUUACGAUGUCGCUCAAGUAUCUACGGAAACACCUGUUGGACGCUUUGAGUUUGCAUACAAUUGGGACGAGAGAAACUGACAUCAGAUACAUAAUUACUGUACCAGCUAUCUGGGGAAUAGCUGCCAAACAGUUCAUGAGAGAAGCAGCGGUUGAGGCCGGGAUCGAUGUCGAACGCCUAAAAUUGGCCCUUGAGCCCGAGGCAGCUGCUGUAUGCUGUGAGGCCCUCGGUCACACGUUAGUGGGACAAAAGUUCAUGGUCGUCGACUUAGGAGGUGGAACUGCUGACAUAUCUGUCCACGAAAAACAAAGUAAUGGCUCACUGAAGAAUAUUCACGGCCCCAGCGGCGGUCCGUGGGGCGGAAUAUAUGUCGAUGAAAACUUCAUGGCGUUUAUGACAGAAGUAUUUGGGACAAUGGCCAUUAAUGCCUUGCAAAGUAAAGACAUGUACGAUUACUUUGAUAUGAUUCGUGACUUUGAGGUAAAGAAGAGGAAAUUCCAGUUUGAUUCUAAGACCGACAUCACAUUUCGCAUCCCAGUGGUACUCAAGGAAAUGUCAGUGGAGCAGUGUCAUCAGUCUUUACCCGACCGAUUGUCAUCUUUGAAAUACGGUGGAAAGGUUUUCCUAAGAGGACAAGAUAAGCUUUGUAUCAACUCGUCAAUCAUGCAAAGUUGGUUCACAGAUACGGUUUCCAAGACGGUGAUUCAUAUAAGCAGUGUUCUUAAAGAACAAAGAAUGAAAGAUGUUGGUCUUAUCGUUUUAGUUGGAGGGUUUGCAGACAGUCCAUAUGUCCAACAGAGGAUUCGGCAAGAAUUUCCUGAGAAACAGCUGAUCGUUCCUGGUGAGGCGGGUCUUGCCGUGCUGAAGGGAGCCGUGAUGUUUGGACAUAAGCCUGACAUUAUUUCAUCCAGGGUUAUGGAUUACACGUAUGGGGUUAAAGUAAAUACAAUAUAUGACGAGAAAAAACAUCCUGCCGAAAAGAAAGUAUACGAAGACGGAAAAUGGGAGGUCAAAGACGCUUUCAUGAUUUUUGUUAGAUUGAAUGAAGAGGUGCAAGUUGAUUCCAAAGUGACACAUUUUUGCACUCCUAGAGAUGAACAUUCUGAAAUUAAAAUUUACAGGACAAAAGACAGGGAUCCGGCUUUCACAACAGAUCCAGGAUGUGAACAACUUGGUCUAAUUGAAAUAGUCAACAACAGAGACAGUCCACUGAAGGAACAGACCAUUAAGAUAACGUUUAUGUUCGGAGACACCGAGUUGCAUAUAUUUUGUGAAAACGUUAUGACUGGCAAAGUGAAGACAUUAACACUUGACUUAAGCGGAUGAAACUGUCACUAUUGAUACGCGGAAUUGACAACUUUUGACAAUAAUUAUCUGUAACAAUUCAUGAGGAUACUGGUAUUUUUUAUGUAAAUACUAUAUAGUUUGAUAAAAGAACCAAACGAGAUAUUGUCUUUAGAAAGAGCUAUAAAAUACUCCAGUUAAAAAAAACGGUUAUUUAAAUUGUAAGUGUGCACAUUGUCUUAUGCGUAUCAAUCGAAUAUGCACGUUAGGUUGAAAUAAUUGUAUUUUAUACGAAUAGACAAACAAGUAAACAAAUUGACCUUUCGUGUAUCAUAUUAUUUAAAAGAAGGCUAAUCAAUCACUGCGAACAUGGUGAUAUAUCGUGGAUGUAAUAUUUAUAAAACAUUCCAACACCGAAUACGUUUAUAGUAAUUAAAAAAGUAAUUUAACAUUUUAAGUUAGCACAUGGAACGACCAUGAAUCGUGAAUAAUGCAUCCUUUGACAACUGAGACCACAUGACUAUAUAUUGUUUUGUUUUGUGCCUUUUAAUUAUGUUUAUUAUUGUUCUACAUGUAGUUGUGUAGUGUUUUUAAAGUAUUAAUGCUAUUUCAAUUUAUUCGUUUUUGCUCAGUCAUGUUUUUAUUAACGUAUGACAUAUGACAUCAAAUAUACAUUAAACUUUACAAUCUGUAAGAGGUAUACUAGAAUUAGUUCGUCUGUGGUUUAAGUAUUUUUUACAGGACACCCAUAUGUCUUUCGUGUUAAACACAAUCGAAAAAAGUUAACAAAACACACACAAACAGAAUCCUGUUUGUUCUGGUCUCAAUCGAAUACCAUUUUUGUCGAUCUUUUCAUGACGAUUUGUAUAGCUCUUUAUAGCUUUCAGUUUGUAUGUGUAUGUAAUGUACCUAAAUAUAUAUUUUUGUUUGAUUUAAAAAUUAUUAAUUUGUUAUGAAAUAUUAAACGAUCAAACGAUAUAUUCAUUUGAAUAUAUCUAAUGAAUCAACAUGAAUAAACAAUUUAAAAUGUU